UGAUCACCGUCGUUUGUCGCCUUUGAACACCCGAACAGACAAAAGUUCGAGUACUGUUUUCGUCUGUGGAAGGAUUCGAAAACCUUCGCUAAAACCGGAGGAACUCGAGAGGAACGGGUUUUGUGAUUCGUCUCGCGAAUGGACAGGCGUUUAACAGGUGUUCGAGGUGGAUUAAUCUGAUGAUAUCUUGAGUGAAAAAGUAAAGUCGACCGGGAACAACCAUGAAGAUCCUCGGCGUGAAGUUCGCUCCACUGAACGUGCCCCUGAAGCGAAGGCUGGAAACCCUAUCCGCGGCUAUAUGGAUCAUCUUAUUGGGUUUCGGCGAUUUCUUGGGCUACAUUAUCACCGUUUACCUGCUCCUCUACACCGAGACACUGCGCUAUUUCCUUCUGCUCUAUUUCGUAUGGAUGUACUAUGACUGGGACACGUGCAACAAAGGCGGUCGAAACGCUCGCUGGAUCACAUGGCUCAGGAAUUGCGGUUGGUCACAUUACUUUUGCAACUAUUUCCCAUUGAAGUUAGUGAAAACCACUGAUCUGGAUCCUUCGAAGAAAUAUUUGUUCUGCAGUUUCCCUCAUGGGAUCCUGUCGACUGGAGUUUUCGGAGCGUUCGGCUCGGAUGUACUCGGAUGCAGGGAACUAUUUCCGGGAUUGGACAUCCGCGUUGUUAUUCUCGAUCAACAUUUCAAAAUUCCUCUGUUCCGUGAAUACGCUUACCUGAGCGGCACCGUCAGCAGCAACCCGGAAAGUCUGAACUAUUUGCUGUCUGCGAAGCCCCAAGAACCAUUCACUGGAAGAGGAACAGUUCUGAUCGUCGGUGGAGCGUCAGAAUCAUUGGAAUGUAAGCCAGGCACAUAUCGUAUCCUGGUAAAAAGAAGAAAAGGCUUCGUAAAGAUCGCGCUGAAGCAUGGAACACCCCUGGUACCUGUUUUCUCGUUCGGAGAAACGGACAUAUACGAUCAAAUCUAUGGUUCCGAGGGCACGCUCCUGAAAAGAGCGCAGCAUUACAUUCGCAAGAAAAUCGGGAUCGCACCGAUCCUACUGAUAGGCAGAGGAUUCUUCCAAUACUCGUUCGGGCUUAUUGCUCAACGGAAACCCGUCACUGUCGUCGUUGGCAGUCCCAUGGAGCUACCAAAGAUCCCAGAACCGACCAAAGAGCAGAUCGACGAGUACCACGAGAAGUUCAUCAAGCAUCUGGUCGAUCUGUUCGAGAGCCAGAAGCACCGGUACGUGGCGAACGCCGAUUCAGUGACCCUCGAGUUGAUCUCGUGAUACGUAUUUACCAUACAAUAGUGGCUCGUU